UCAUCUCUUCAAUCCAAAACCUCUCAAACAACACACAUGGCUCUCUUCCAAAACCAAUCCCUCCUACUUGCAUUCAUGCUCCUCCUGUCCCUUACCUUUGGCCGUGAACUACUCCAAUCCAACCCUAACCCUAACCCUAAUUCCCUUGAAGCUCGUCUAAUAUCAGGCCUAACAAGCAAUGGAUCAGGAGGACUCAGUGACUGCUGGAAUGCCAUGAUGGAACUGAGGUCAUGCACCAAUGAAAUAGUGCUUUUCUUCUUGAAUGGAGAGUCCUAUUUGAGCAUUCCUUGCUGCAGAGCUAUACGUUUGAUUACACACAAGUGUUGGCCUUCAAUGUUUGUUUCCAUUGGAUUCACUGCUCAAGAAGGUGAUAUACUUAGAGGAUAUUGUGAUGCUGAGGCUGCUGCUGCUUCUCCUCCUCCUUCUCCUGCUCCUUCUUCUUCAGCUGAUUCUAGGGCAAUGGUGGUUGGUGAUGAACUCAUGGUUUAAUUAGGUCUUUUCUU